AUGAACGGCGAAGGAUGGUUAUUUAUACUUGCGGUUGUUGUUAAUGCCGUUAAUUUGUUUUCACAAGUGUUUUUCACAAUCAUGUACUCCGAUUUGGAGUGCGAUUACAUCAACCCCAUUGAAUUAUGUAACAAGUUGAACCCAUGGUUCAUUCCAGAGGCCAGUUUACAUGCAUUCAUAGCAUUAUUGUUUUUGGUCAAUGGUUAUUGGUUCUGUUUCUUGCUCAAUUUGCCAUUGUUGGCCUACAAUGUCAACAAAUUUUACACCAAGAACCAUUUAUUGGAUGCUACUGAAAUAUUCAGAACAUUAUCAAAGCAUAAGAAGGAAAGUUUCCUUAAAUUGGGUUUCCAUUUGGUGAUGUUUUUCUUUUACUUGUAUAGAAUGAUCAUGGCAUUGGUCAAGGAUGACAAUUGA